AUGUUUCAGCUCUGGGAGGUUCUUUUCCUGUGCGGCCUGCUCAAGGGCACCUCAGCGGCUCUUCUUCCUGAUCUUAGCAGUGGCCUGAGCAAUGUGGUGGGACAGGCAAGCCCUCUCCUCCAGAAUGGGCUUCUUGGGGAUGCUGAAAAUACAGUUGAUGGUGUCCUUCAGAAACUGAAGGUAGACGUGGGGGCGCUUCAGGAUUCCAGUGCUUUUCAACAGGCCCAGACGAAGAUCCUGGGAGCUGGAGAACACUUGCUGGACAACGUCCUUUCUAAACUUCAGACUCAGGAUGGUCUGUUGGGGGUGAAAAUUAGCAAGUCUCUCAUUUUGGAUCCCAAACUCGAACUAGGAACAGAUGGCAUUGGCGGCACCCUGAGGUUCCCGAUCACCGCUAAUGUCUCUGUGGAACUGCCUUUAAUCGGGCAGCUGAUCAACCUGGGUGUGUCCUUGGACCUGCUGACUGGAAUCAAGCUUGAAACCAGUGCCCAGAACGCCCUCCCCACCGUGGCUGUGGGAGAAUGUGCCAUUGACCCAGCUAGCAUCUCGCUGUCCCUCCUAGACAGGGAUAUCGGCUUGCUCAAUACGGUUGUGGACUCUGUGGCCAGCACCCUGAGUAGAGUUGUGUCCUUCCUGAUACAGAACCAACUCAGCCUGGAGGGUCGGAGGAGUCGACAGUCUUCAAAACCACGAGGGCCCGCAUUGGAGGCCUUUGCCAUGUCCAUGCUCUGCCACUAUGGCUUUUGA